UACUGUUAAAGAAGUCUACUGUUAUAAGUAUUUUUUUUUUAAUUAUAAACAAUCAAUGCGAAAUUUCACUUAAUGAGAAGAUGAAGAUUUAAAUUUUUUUUUUAAUUAUAGACAAUCAAGGCGAAUUUCACUUAAUGAGAAUGUAAAGAUCUCUAGACAAUCGCUCUUACCAUUUAAACUAAGUAUUAAAUAUUAAUUUAAUAUUUAAUUCUGUUAAUAAAUUAAUAAAAUUAAAAUAAUAACAUUUUUUACAGAUUUAUAUAUUAUUACGGUACAUUAGAAUAAUUCGUUAUUAUAACAUAUGACUCUAUGUUUUCUUUUUCUUUCAAUGAUUGCUGGAAUUCUUUUUAAUGAAUUAACAAUUGGGUCACGUCUUUGAAUCCAUCUAUUAUGAUAACGUAUGACAUCAGACCUGGAGUUUUUCUUUUUUUUUCUUUUUUAAUUUAUAAGUUUUCUUUUUCUUUUUCUAUUUGUUAGGCCCGAAUCCAAACUUAUUGAGGAAAUUGUCAAAGACAUUUCGAAGAAAUUAAAUCAGACUUCUCCAAGUCAUUCUAUUGGUUUGGUUGGAAUAGAUUCACGCCUUGAGCAAAUUGAAUCUAUGCUGUGCUUGGACAUGUCGGACGUUCGUAUCAUAGGAGUAUGGGGCAUGGGGGGCAUAGGCAAGACCACUCUUGCUGGAGCUAUAUUUGAUCAAAUUUCUGCUCAAUACGAAAGUUCUUACUUUCUUGGAAAUGUUAGAGAACAACUGAAAAGAUGUUUGCUUGCUGAACUGCGAGAGAAGCUUUUUUCAAAGAUAUUGGAGGAAAAGAAUUUGGAUACAAGAACUCCUAAUUUGGGGAAUACAUUUCUGAAGGACCGGCUCUCUCGUAAAAAGAUACUUGUUGUUCUCGAUGAUGUUGAUAGCACAAUGCAAUUGCAAGAAUUACUGCCUGGACAACAUGAUUUAUUUGGUCCAGGAAGCAGAAUCAUCGUUACGAGUAGAGACAAGCAAGUUCUUAAAAAUGUUGUUGAUGAAAUUUACAAGGUUGAGGGAUUGAACCAACAUGAAGCUCUUCAGCUGUUUUCCUUGAAUGCCUUCAAGAAAAACAGCCCCACAAAUGACCGUGUAGAAAUUUCAACAAGGGUUGCAGAUUAUGCAAAAGGUAACCCAUUAGCUCUCAGAGUUCUGGGUUGUGCUUUGUUUGAUAAAAGUAAGGAAGAUUGGGAGAGUGCAUUGGAAAAACUACGAAAUGUUCCGAAUGGUGAAAUUCAAAAAGUUCUGAGGUUCAGUUAUGAUGGGCUAGACCGUGAAGAGAGAAACAUAUUUCUUGAUAUUGCAUGUUUCUUCAGAGGGGAAGAUCGGAAUUAUGCAACGAAAAUACUAGACGGAUGUUAUUCUUCUGUGGGUUUCAUUAUAAGUACUUUGAUUGACAAGUCUCUUGUAAGUGUUUAUCGUAGCAAGUUAGAGAUGCAUGAUUUGCUACAAGAAACGGGUUGGAGCAUUGUUCGUGAAGAACCUGAGCUUGAAAAGCGUAGCAGGUUAUGGAAUCCUAAAGAUGUUUAUUAUGUAUUGACAAAAAAGAAGGGAACUAAAGCAAUCGAAGGCAUAUCUUUAGACUUGUCUACAACAAGAGAAAUGCACUUGGAAUGUGAUGCCUUUGCAGGAAUGGAUCAUCUAAGAAUACUUAAAUUCUACACGUCUAAUUCCUCUAUAGGAUGUAAACAUAAAAUGCACCUUCCUGGCUGUGGCCUUCAAUCUCUUUCUGAUGAGCUGAGGUAUCUCCAGUGGCACAAAUUCCCUUCAAGAUCAUUGCCACCCAAGUUUUGUGCAGAAAAUCUUGUUGUACUUGACCUCCCCCACAGCAAUAUUGAGCAGCUUUGGAAAGGAGUACAGGAUCUUAUGAAUUUAAAACAGAUUGGUCUGUCUUAUUCCAAGCACUUAACUAAAAUUCCAGAUUUGUCAGAGGCGAAAAAUGUUGAGAGUAUCAAUCUGGAAGGCUGUAAAAGUUUAGUUGAGUUGCCCUCGUCUGUUCAAUACCUAGACAAGCUUGAAUACCUUAAUCUCAGACUUUGCAAAAGUCUAAAGCGUCUUCCAAGUAGGAUUGGUUCGAAACUACUUCGAAUUCUUGACAUAUCCUACUGCUCUAAUGUCAAAAGUUGUCCAGAGAUUUCUGGAAAUGUUGAAGAAUUACAUCUAUGCAGGAGUGGAAUAAAAGAACUUCCAGAAUCAGUUCAGAAGCUGAAAGAUCUUGAAGUUAUUUGGCUUAUAGGUUGCUCAAGUAUCACAAAGUUUCCACAGGUCUCACUCUAUGUAAGAGAGUUAUAUCUAAGUGAGACUUCCAUUAAAGAAGUUCCCUCAUCAAUAGAGUUUCUCACAAGACUUGAAAUCCUUGAGAUGAUAAGCUGCAACAAACUAUCAACUCUUCCCAGCAGCAUCUGCAAGCUGAAAUCUCUUGAAAUUCUUGUUCUGUCUCGAUGCUCAAAACUCGAGACUUUUCCAGAAAUCUUGGAGCCUAUGGAAAGUCUUGCUUGUCUUUAUUUAGAUUACUGUGAAAAUUUCAAGAGGAUUCCUGACAGCAUCUGCAAUUUGAAAUCUUUGGAGCAUCUUCAUCUGAGUGGAACAGCUAUACAAGAGUUGCCGUCAUCAAUUGAAAAGCUAAAUUGCCUUAAAGAAUUGAAGCUUGAAUAUUGCAAAAAGCUUGUGAGCCUUCCAAGCUGUAUGCAUAAACUCUCUCAGUUGCGUUCAAUUUACUUGAGUUAUUGCAAGAGUUUGAGGGAGUUACCUGAGCUUCCAAAGUCUUUAAAAGUUUUGGAGGCAUAUGACUGCAGAUCAAUGGAGAACUUCUCAAGUAGCAGUAAAUGCAAUUUCAAGAAUUUAUGUUUCACAAAUUGCUUCAAAUUAGAUCAAAGGCAUGCAGUGAAAUCAAUGCAAAUGCUGAGUCUACGGUUCAACUGUUGACAACCAAGUAUCGCGAGUGUCAGGAUCAAGUCAGGAUUCUAUUUCAGGGAAGUGAAAUCCCAGAAUGUUUCAAUGAUCAAAAAGUGGGAUUUUCAGUGAGCAUGCAAUUGCCUUCAAACUGGCACCAAUUUGAGGGAAUUGCUUUCUGCAUUGUCUUUGCAUCAGAGGACCCAUCAAUUGAUUGUCGGAUCAGCAGAUUUAGAUGUGAAGGCCAGUUCAAGACUAAUGUCAAUGAACAAGAGGAUAUCACAUGCAACUGGGAGUGUUUUAUUGAUGAUCUCCAUUUACAUGAGUCAGAUCAAGUGUUAUUGUGGUAUGAUCCUUUUAUUAUUAAAGCAUUGCAAGGUGGUGGCGGUGGCGCAUCCCAAGAAGAGGAUCUGUUCAAUAAAUAUUCAACUGCUUCAUUUCAAUUCUACCCUCAAAGAUGGAAGAAACUUCAAAAGCAUUGCAAGGUUAAGAAGUGUGGUGUUCUUCUACUGUAAAUUUAAUCAAUUCCUCGUUUUAGAAAUAAGAAUGGAUUGUUUAUAAUACAUUUUU